UUGUGCAAGAUAUUCCUAGACAUGGAUAACAUAAAUCAACCCAUUAAAAUUGAGGCAUUCUUUGAAUUUCAGAAGUUUCAGCAAUUCUUUCAUUUACUACACUUUAAGUUUUAUCGCAAUGAUGAGGGCCGUAUUGUCAACAGAUCGGACUUGGUUUUCUUUACGGGCUUUUCUUUGGACAUCUGGUUCUUUGGUGUCAAUUUAUUUGAUAUUUUCUGGUCGAUGCAUCGAGGCGUGACUUCCAGUCAAAAUCUGCCCGUCUUGAGUAUUUCGGUAUAUUAUGCCAUUCGUGGAAUAUUGUUGUAUACGAAGCGACACGAAAUUAUCGACUUCAUCAACGUGAUGGAUCGAGAAUUUCCACGGGAUUUGCCCACACAACGGCACCUCCAAGUGGCGGAGAUAUAUGAGCAGCUCAAGAAGCGGAAAGGCUACGUCGGUCUCUUUGCAUUUGUCGCUCUUGGUGGCUUCAGCAUUGCACCGAUUAUUUUCUACAUACUCGCCUAUGAGGAUCGGAAUGCGCCCAUCCUGUUGGACCAACAGCUGCUUGGAGGCUGGCUACCGUACAAUAUUCGACAGAUCCAUUUACUUUAUCCAUUCGUGUGGAUCUACGACGUCUACGCCAUGCUCGUCGGCGUCACCUUUUUCACCACCUUCGACACCUUGUUCAUUGCAUUUCAGACGCUGCUGCGAAUGCAUCUGAAUGGCCUGCGCAGGCAGAUAGAGCAGCUCAAUGCCGUCGACAGUGAAAAUCCAGUGGAUGAGAAGAGGUUCUAUGCGUACAUCAGCGGCUUGAUACGCCGCCAUCAAGAGAUCAAUGUGCUAUGCGACAAGUUUAAUGAUCUAUUCAAGCUGGCAAUCUUUUUGAGCGAUCUGGUCGGAGCCACCUCCAUCUGUUUUCAUUUGUACUUAAUGUCCGAGGCAAGCGACAAACUGAUGAUUGCCAAGUUCUUAGGCCCCACCAUGGCUCUGGUGGCCUUCACGUUUGAGUGUUGCCUGCGUGGCUCACAGCUCGAGGAGGCCGUGAGUUUAACUAAAAAGCACUUUCUUAAAUAUUAUAUACAUAAAUAUAUUAUUUCCCAGUCUGCGGGCUUGAAUGAGGCAUUGUAUAACCACAGCUGGUAUCACGGCAGUAAGAAAUACCGCAAAGUGAUGCUGAUCUGUAUAAAAUAUUCUCAGUGCACCCGCAAAUUAACGGCUUAUGGCUUGGUGGAAGUUAAUAUGAUUCACUUUACGGAUAUUAUGCAACUUUCUUACAGACUUUUCACAUUUCUCAAGUCACGACAAUAGAUAUAUAGAGUUGCAGUUAAUUUGACUAUUUUUUAUCAAAUCAAUAUUAUUCGAUUUGGCACACCCCAAAAGUACUUGUAGUUAUCACCUAAUCCUUCUAUGCUAAUCAUAAAUUGUUUAGGUAUUUUCAUUAGUGUUUUGCGAUUUAUCUCAAUUUGCCAUUUAAUUUAUCAUAGUAAAUGAUCUACGAAUGAGAGAUGAGAUAAUCUCAAAACAGUGUAAUCCCGCUUUACUAAUAGGCUUUAAAGCUCCAUUUCUUGUUCAAUUUGUAUUACGAUAAUAGAUUAGAUGUCUAGAUCAUAUUAUUACGAUCUGUUAUAUUCGAAGUUUAACACCAAUGCAAUAUUAUUAAGCUGAUAGUUAAUUUGCAAUGCCCCAAUGCCCCAAAUGCAAUGAAUGAAAAUGAUCUGAUAAAUAUAUAUACACACAUAUAUACAGAUGCUUAUGUUACCCAACCGUAACGAAUC